AUGAGUGUUUCAGUAGCGAGGAAAAUAAAAUUACCGACUGUAAAUUAGAAUUAGGCAGACAAAAUUCGAGAAAAUUUAGCUAGAGAAAGGGCAAUGAGAUUACAGUGUAAAAAUCCUGAUUUCUCUGGAAAUAUUUCCAACAAUAUAUCAUUCAAUAUUGAGACAAGUUUUCAAAACACUGCUGCAAAUGCUGCAACAGAAGAAAAUGAAAUAAAGGCUUCAAAGAACUCUUGCUUUGCCAGAUUUUGUUGCUUUUUAUGUAAUUUAAAAUCGGCUGACUCCCUCAGUAGGCAAGAUUCUUUUGGUUCGUUAAAGGAGGAUUAAAUUUUUUUAUUUAAAAAAUUUCUAGAAAUUGCAAAUAUCUGAAAUGAAAAAUUUUUUUAAUUUUAAAAAUGAAUGCAAGUUACGUAAAAUCUGAUAGAUUUCAUUAUAUAAGCACAUAUUAGUUAUACAUAAAAUAUUUAAAUCAAAAAUUUAGCUCAGACAAUUUUUUUUAAAGGAGAAUCUUAUCGAUAUAUAGGUAUUUUCCAAUGAUUUUUCUUGCUAAUAAAAGGGGAAGUAAACGAAAAGAGACUCCCAAGAACGUUUCAAGCCUUGAAAAAGAAAAAUCGUAA